CGUUGUGUUAUUCCAUAUCUGCAGUUCGUCAAUAUGCCAUCGACACCCCAGAACAUUGGCAUCAAGGCCAUCGAGAUCUACUUUCCCAGUCGUUAUGUACCGCAACCGGAGCUCGAGACCUUUCUAGGGGCCAGUGCCGGAAAAUUCACCGUCGGGCUCGGGCAGCAGAAGAUGAGCUUCUGUGAUGACCGGGAAGAUAUCUACUCCCUAGCCCUCACCACUGUUUCUUCCCUGCUCCGAAAAUACUCAAUCGACCCAGAGACGAUCGGUCGCCUUGAAGUCGGAACAGAAACCAUCUUGGAUAAGUCCAAGUCCUGCAAGUCUGUCCUCAUGCAAUUGUUCGGUGACAACGCCGAUAUCGAAGGCGUCGACACAUGCAACGCCUGUUAUGGGGGAACAAACGCACUGUUCAACGCCGUGAACUGGGUUGAAUCGUCCGCCUGGGAUGGGCGUAACGCUAUUGUUGUCGCGGGCGAUAUUGCCUUGUACAAUACGCCGGCAGCGCGCCCGACAGGUGGCGUCGGCUGUGUGGCCAUGCUCAUCGGUCCAGAUGCACCCCUAGUUCUGGAGCCACUCCGCGCGUCGUACAUGAAGCAUGUGUAUGACUUCUAUAAAGCCGAUCUCAAAUCCGAAUACCCUCUGGUAGAUGGGCACUUCUCGAACACCUGUUAUCUUCAGGCGCUGGAUAAUUGCUAUCAACGCUAUCGCAGCAAGAAGCUGGCCGACAGAAGUGGCGGGUUGAACGGGAUGGCGACCAGUAGCAAGAGUAGCUUUCUAGAUACCUUUGACUACAUGGUAUUCCAUGCCCCCAACUGCAAGUUAGUAGCCAAGGCAUAUGGUCGCUUGCUAUUCAAUGACUUCCGAUUGGAACCAGAUCGUUUCGAUCAUGUCCCGUCUGAGAUUCGAGAUGUCGAAUAUACGGCAUCUUUGGCAGAUAAGAGCAUUGAGAAGCUCUGUAUCAGACUGGCCCAGGACAAGUUCUCAGACCGUAUCCAGUCGUCCCUUACAGCCCCGGCCCACUGUGGCAAUAUGUAUACAGCUAGCAUAUAUUCGGCGCUAGUGAGUCUAUUGAGCAACGUCCCGAGUGAGAAACUGCAGAACAAGCGUAUUGGCAUGUUCAGCUAUGGCGGCGGUCUUGCCAGUACCAUGUUCAGCUUGCAGGUCAAGGGCGACAUUACCGAAAUGGCGCAAAAAAUCUGUUUGCAUGGUCGUUUGGAUGCCCGCACAGCGGUGUCCCCUGAAUUUUAUGAUCAGAUGUGUCAACUCCGCGAGAAGGCCUACCAACAGAAGGAUUACACCCCUACGGGAAGUGUUGACAGCCUCGCGCCCGGCACGUACUACCUGGUCCACGUCGACGAUACAUAUCGACGGACGUAUGAGAUGAAACCCCAUGUGUGA